AGUGUUAGAGGUUCGUCAUUAUUCGUCACUAGUCUGUUGAUUUGAUGGGUAUUUAGAAUCUUCAUAAUAAGCAGGUCGCGUAAUCUAGAAAUCUAUAAGGCUUCGAAUGGUUUGAGACUGAUUGAAAGUGUUAGACUAUGUAGAUUUUGUGUGAUCUAACACUGUAAUAAUGGCUGAAGCUUCACCACUCACUGCCUCAACAACUGCUUCUGCUGCCCCAGUUGAGGAACCUGACAAAGAUUUAUGUGCUGUUUGUCUUGAGCCCUAUGUGCAUCCAGCCAAGCUGCCAUGUGGACAUGUCUUCUGCUUUCUCUGCAUCAAGGGCACUGCAAACAGAAGCAAGAGGUGUGCAAUGUGCAGGCAGGAAAUCCCUCAUGAUUUUGUGGAGAAGCCAACAUUAAUUGAUAUAAUUGAGGACAGAAUGCUAGAAUAUAACUAUGAAUGGUAUUAUGAAGGAAGAAAUGGUUGGUGGCAAUAUGAUGAAAGAACCAGCAAAGAAUUGGAGACAGCUUAUAAAAAUGGUGAGCGCAGUUGUGAACUACUAGUUGCUGGUUUUCUUUAUGUCAUGGACCUGGAUGCAAUGCUACAGUUACGACGAAAUGAUCCAUCCAGACGACGGAGGAUUAAACGUGAUUUGGCAAACAUUGAUAAAAUUGGAAUAGCUGGACUCAGGUGUCCAACAAUCAAAAAUGCAAUCUCCAAAACCACUGGUUCCAACAAUGCACAAGACAGUGUUAGGGAAAUGUCUUCAAUCGAUUUAACAAUACCAGGUAUUGCAGCAGCAGACACCGAAUCAGAGACUACCGAUGUUGAUGAUAGUCAGAGGACAAUUAUUUACGACUCGCCCUUAGACUUAACGUUUGAAAACGGAAGCCUUGUUGAAACGGAGGACGAUUAAGCGCAUUAAAAUCUUAAAAUUGUUUGUUACAGUUAUGAUUCUUCUAUUCUUAGUAUUAUUUUUGUAUGUAUGCAUUAUUUAAAUACACAAUUUUGAUUUAAAAGAAA